AAAUUACAAACCGACGGCCGCCCGGAGGAGGUGUGCGCGCUGCUCCCGCCAGCUCCGGGGCUCGGCGACUGGGGCAUGCUUAGGACUGGCCAUAUUUUAAAAAAUUUCUAAGUCGGACUUGCGCCUCCCUCUCUCCGUCCUCCCGCUCCUCCUUGGUAAUUUAUGUCAAGCUUCUAGCCAAGGGCCGCAAAAGGAAAGAAGGCGACCAGGAAUUAGAUGCGUGUGUGGUAACUCCUGGCCGGGCUGAGGUGGACUCUUCUGCAGCCAACUCCCUAUCAGAUCACCCUGCUGGACUUUCAGACUGGAAUGGGGCUUCCUUAAGGUCCAGCCCUUUUUGCAGGGGCCGGGAGCCAAGCCGUGCGGAAGCUGCUGUGUGUUGGAUGGGGGUUGGAGGGGGCCGGAGCGGGAUUUCCACCGUGCAGCCCGCCAGGGCGUUACGCCGGGCAUAAUGGAAUUGCAGAGGACGUCUAGCAUAUCCGCGCCGCUGUCGCCGUCUUACACGGGGCAGGUGCCUUACAACUACAACCAGCUUGAGGGGAGAUUCAAGCAGCUACAAGAUGAACGCGAAGCCGUGCAGAAGAAGACCUUCACCAAGUGGGUCAAUUCCCACCUUGCCCGAGUGUCCUGCCGGAUCACAGAUUUGUACACUGACCUUCGAGAUGGACGGAUGCUCAUCAAACUGCUGGAGGUCCUCUCCGGAGAGAGGCUGCCUAAACCCACCAAGGGACGAAUGCGCAUCCACUGUCUGGAGAAUGUGGACAAGGCCCUUCAGUUCCUGAAGGAGCAGAGAGUCCAUCUUGAGAACAUGGGAUCCCACGACAUCGUGGAUGGGAACCACCGGCUGACCCUUGGGCUCAUCUGGACCAUCAUCCUGCGCUUCCAGAUCCAGGAUAUCAGUGUGGAAACUGAAGACAACAAAGAGAAGAAAUCUGCCAAGGAUGCAUUGCUGUUGUGGUGCCAGAUGAAGACAGCUGGGUACCCCAACGUCAACAUUCACAAUUUCACCACGAGCUGGAGGGACGGCAUGGCCUUCAAUGCACUGAUACACAAACACCGGCCUGACCUGAUAGAUUUUGACAAACUAAAGAAAUCCAAUGCACACUACAAUCUGCAGAAUGCAUUUAACCUGGCAGAGCAGCACCUUGGCCUCACUAAACUACUGGACCCUGAAGAUAUCAGUGUGGACCACCCUGAUGAGAAGUCCAUUAUCACUUACGUGGUGACUUAUUACCACUACUUCUCUAAGAUGAAGGCCCUGGCUGUUGAAGGAAAACGAAUUGGAAAGGUGCUUGACAAUGCUAUUGAAACAGAAAAAAUGAUUGAAAAGUAUGAAUCACUUGCCUCUGACCUUCUGGAGUGGAUUGAACAAACCAUCAUCAUUUUGAACAAUCGCAAAUUUGCCAAUUCACUGGUUGGGGUUCAACAACAGCUUCAGGCAUUCAACACUUACCGCACUGUGGAGAAACCACCCAAAUUUACUGAGAAGGGGAACUUGGAAGUGCUGCUUUUCACCAUUCAGAGCAAGAUGAGGGCCAACAAUCAGAAGGUCUACAUGCCCCGGGAGGGGAAGCUCAUCUCUGAUAUUAACAAGGCCUGGGAAAGACUGGAAAAAGCAGAGCACGAGAGAGAACUGGCCCUGCGGAAUGAGCUCAUAAGACAGGAGAAACUGGAACAGCUCGCCCGCAGAUUCGAUCGCAAGGCGGCUAUGAGAGAGACUUGGCUGAGCGAAAACCAGCGUCUGGUGUCUCAGGACAACUUUGGAUUUGACCUUCCUGCAGUCGAGGCCGCCACAAAAAAACACGAGGCCAUUGAGACAGACAUUGCCGCAUAUGAGGAGCGUGUGCAGGCCGUGGUAGCCGUGGCCAGGGAGCUCGAGGCGGAGAACUACCAUGACAUCAAGCGCAUCACAGCGAGGAAAGACAAUGUCAUCCGGCUCUGGGAGUACCUGCUGGAACUGCUCAGGGCCCGGAGGCAGCGUCUCGAGAUGAACCUGGGGCUGCAGAAGAUAUUCCAGGAAAUGCUCUACAUUAUGGACUGGAUGGACGAAAUGAAGGUGCUAUUAUUGUCUCAAGACUAUGGCAAACACUUGCUCGGCGUGGAAGACCUGUUACAGAAGCACGCCCUGGUGGAAGCAGACAUCGGCAUCCAGGCAGAGCGGGUGAGAGGUGUCAAUGCCUCUGCCCAGAAGUUUGCAACAGACGAGGAAGGUUACAAGCCCUGUGACCCCCAGGUGAUCCGAGACCGAGUGGCCCACAUGGAGUUCUGUUAUCAAGAGCUUUGCCAGCUGGCAGCUGAGCGCCGGGCCCGUCUGGAAGAGUCUCGUCGCCUCUGGAAGUUCUUUUGGGAGAUGGCAGAAGAGGAAGGCUGGAUACGAGAGAAGGAGAAGAUCCUGUCCUCCGAUGAUUAUGGGAAAGACCUCACCAGCGUCAUGCGCCUGCUCAGCAAGCACCGGGCGUUCGAGGACGAGAUGAGCGGCCGCAGCAGCCACUUUGAGCAGGCCAUCAAAGAAGGUGAAGACAUGAUUGCGGAGGAGCACUUCGGGUCAGAGAAGAUCCGAGAGAGGAUCAUUUACAUUCGGGAGCAGUGGGCCAACUUGGAGCAGCUCUCGGCCAUUCGGAAGAAACGCCUGGAGGAGGCCUCACUGCUCCACCAGUUCCAGGCAGAUGCUGACGACGUUGAUGCUUGGAUGCUGGACAUCCUCAAGAUCGUCUCCAGCAACGACGUGGGCCACGACGAGUACUCCACACAGUCUCUGGUCAAGAAACACAAGGAUGUGGCAGAGGAGAUCGCCAACUACAGGCCUACCAUCGACACACUGCAUGAGCAAGCCAGCGCCCUCCCGCAGGAGCACGCGGAGUCUCCAGAUGUGAGGGGCAGGCUGUCGGGCAUCGAGGAACGGUACAAGGAGGUGGCAGAGCUGACGAGGCUGAGGAAGCAGGCGCUGCAGGACACCCUGGCCCUGUACAAGAUGUUCAGCGAGGCUGAUGCCUGUGAGCUCUGGAUCGACGAGAAGGAGCAGUGGCUCAACAACAUGGAGAUCCCAGAGAAGCUGGAGGACCUGGAGGUCAUCCAGCACAGAUUUGAGAGCCUAGAACCAGAGAUGAACAACCAGGCAUCACGGGUCGCGGUGGUGAACCAGAUUGCACGACAGCUGAUGCAUAGCGGCCACCCAAGUGAGAAGGAAAUCAAAGCCCAGCAAGACAAACUCAACACAAGGUGGAGUCAGUUCAGAGAACUGGUCGACAGGAAGAAGGAUGCUCUUCUCUCUGCCCUGAGCAUACAGAACUACCACCUUGAGUGCAAUGAGACCAAAUCCUGGAUUCGGGAAAAGACCAAGGUUAUCGAAUCCACGCAGGACCUGGGCAAUGACCUGGCCGGCGUCAUGGCCCUGCAGCGCAAGCUGACCGGCAUGGAGCGAGACUUGGUGGCCAUUGAGGCGAAGCUGAGCGACCUGCAGAAGGAGGCGGAGAAGCUCGAGUCUGAGCACCCCGACCAGGCUCAGGCCAUCCUGUCUCGGCUGGCCGAGAUCAGUGACGUGUGGGAGGAGAUGAAGACCACCCUGAAAAACCGAGAGGCCUCCCUGGGAGAGGCCAGCAAGCUGCAGCAGUUCCUGCGGGACCUGGACGACUUCCAGUCCUGGCUCUCCAGGACCCAGACGGCCAUCGCCUCAGAAGACAUGCCCAACACCCUGACUGAGGCGGAGAAGCUUCUCACCCAGCAUGAGAACAUCAAAAACGAGAUCGACAACUAUGAAGAGGACUACCAGAAGAUGAGGGACAUGGGCGAGAUGGUCACUCAGGGACAGACCGACGCCCAGUACAUGUUUCUGCGGCAGCGGCUGCAGGCCUUGGACACUGGAUGGAACGAGCUCCACAAAAUGUGGGAGAACAGGCAGAAUCUCCUUUCGCAGUCCCACGCCUACCAGCAGUUCCUCAGGGACACGAAGCAGGCUGAAGCCUUUCUUAACAACCAGGAGUAUGUUUUGGCCCAUACCGAAAUGCCCACCACCUUGGAAGGAGCUGAAGCAGCUAUUAAAAAACAAGAGGACUUCAUGACCACUAUGGAUGCCAAUGAGGAGAAGAUCAACGCUGUUGUGGAAACUGGCCGGCGGCUGGUGAGCGAUGGGAACAUCAACUCAGAUCGCAUCCAGGAGAAGGUGGACUCUAUUGAUGACAGACAUAGGAGGAAUCGUGAAGCAGCCAGUGAGCUUCUGAUGAGAUUGAAGGACAACAGGGAUCUUCAGAAAUUCCUACAAGAUUGUCAGGAGCUCUCUCUCUGGAUCAAUGAAAAAAUGCUUACAGCCCAGGACAUGUCCUAUGAUGAAGCCAGAAAUCUGCACAGUAAAUGGUUAAAACAUCAAGCAUUUAUGGCAGAACUAGCAUCCAACAAGGAAUGGCUUGACAAAAUUGAGAAGGAAGGAAUGCAGCUCAUUUCAGAAAAGCCCGAGACAGAAGCUGUGGUGAAGGAGAAACUCACUGGUUUACAUAAAAUGUGGGAAGUCCUUGAAUCCACCACCCAGACCAAGGCCCAGCGGCUCUUUGAUGCAAACAAGGCUGAACUUUUCACCCAGAGCUGCGCAGAUCUGGACAAAUGGCUGCAUGGCCUGGAGAGUCAGAUCCAAUCUGAUGACUACGGCAAAGACCUCACCAGCGUCAACAUCCUGCUGAAAAAGCAACAGAUGCUGGAGAAUCAGAUGGAGGUGCGGAAGAAGGAGAUCGAAGAGCUCCAGAGCCAGGCCCAGGCACUGAGUCAGGAGGGGAAGAGCACCGACGAGGUGGACAGCAAGCGCCUCAAUGUGCAGACCAAGUUCAUGGAAUUGCUGGAGCCCUUGAACGAAAGGAAGCACAACCUGCUGGCCUCCAAAGAGAUCCACCAGUUCAACAGGGAUGUGGAGGACGAGAUCUUGUGGGUUGGAGAGAGGAUGCCUUUGGCAACUUCCAGAGAUCAUGGCCACAACCUCCAGACUGUGCAGCUGUUAAUAAAGAAAAAUCAGACCCUGCAGAAAGAAAUCCAGGGGCACCAGCCUCGUAUCGAUGACAUCUUUGAGAGGAGCCAAAACAUCGUGACUGACAGCAGCAGCCUCAAUGCCGAGGCCAUCCGGCAGAGGCUUGCCGACCUGAAGGAGCAGUGGGGCUGCCUCAUUGAGGAGACGGAGAAUCGCCACAGGCGGCUCGAGGAGGCACACAGGGCCCAGCAGUACUACUUUGACGCGGCUGAGGCCGAGGCGUGGAUGAGCGAGCAGGAGCUGUACAUGAUGUCUGAGGAGAAGGCCAAGGAUGAGCAGAGUGCCGUCUCCAUGUUGAAGAAGCACCAGAUUUUGGAACAAGCCGUGGAGGACUAUGCAGAGACAGUGCAUCAGCUCUCUAAGACCAGCCGGGCCCUGGUGGCCGACGGCCAUCCUGAAAAUGAGCGCAUUAGCAUGCGGCAGUCCAAAGUGGACAAGCUGUACGCUGGCCUGAAAGACCUUGCUGAAGAAAGGAGAGGCAAGCUGGACGAGAGGCACAGGCUCUUCCAGCUCAACCGUGAGGUGGAUGACCUGGAGCAGUGGAUCGCUGAGAGGGAGGUGGUCGCAGGGUCACACGAAUUGGGGCAGGACUAUGAGCACGUCACGAUGUUACAAGAACGAUUCCGGGAAUUUGCCCGAGACACAGGGAACAUUGGGCAGGAGCGUGUGGACACAGUCAAUCACAUGGCAGAUGAACUCAUCAACUCUGGGCACUCAGAUGCCGCCACCAUCGCUGAGUGGAAGGACGGGCUCAACGAAGCCUGGGCUGACCUCCUGGAGCUCAUUGACACGAGAACACAGAUUCUCGCCGCCUCCUAUGAACUGCAUAAGUUUUACCACGAUGCCAAGGAAAUCUUUGGGCGCAUACAGGACAAACACAAGAAACUCCCCGAGGAGCUUGGGAGAGAUCAGAACACAGUGGAGACCUUACAGAGAAUGCACACCACGUUUGAGCACGACAUCCAGGCUCUGGGCACGCAGGUAAGGCAGCUGCAGGAGGAUGCGGCCCGCCUCCAGGCAGCCUAUGCAGGUGACAAGGCCGAUGACAUCCAGAAGCGGGAGAAUGAGGUCCUGGAAGCCUGGAAGGCCCUGCUGGACGCCUGUGAGGGCCGCAGGGUGCGGCUGGUGGACACAGGGGACAAGUUCCGCUUCUUCAGCAUGGUGCGCGACCUCAUGCUGUGGAUGGAGGAUGUCAUCCGGCAGAUCGAAGCCCAGGAGAAGCCAAGGGAUGUAUCAUCUGUUGAACUAUUAAUGAAUAAUCAUCAAGGUAUCAAAGCUGAAAUUGAUGCUCGUAAUGACAGUUUCACAACCUGCAUUGAACUUGGGAAAUCCCUGCUGGCGAGAAAACACUAUGCAUCUGAGGAGAUCAAGGAAAAGUUACUGCAGUUGACAGAAAAGAGAAAAGAAAUGAUUGACAAGUGGGAAGACCGAUGGGAAUGGUUAAGACUGAUUCUGGAGGUCCAUCAGUUCUCAAGGGAUGCCAGUGUGGCCGAGGCCUGGCUGCUCGGACAGGAGCCAUACCUAUCCAGCCGAGAAAUAGGCCAGAGCGUGGAUGAGGUGGAGAAGCUCAUCAAGCGCCACGAGGCUUUUGAAAAGUCUGCAGCAACCUGGGACGAGAGGUUCUCCGCCCUGGAAAGGCUGACAACGUUGGAGUUACUGGAAGUGCGCAGACAGCAAGAGGAAGAGGAGAGGAAGAGGCGGCCGCCUUCUCCCGAGCCGAGCACGAAGGUUUCCGAGGAGACCGAGUCCCAGCAGCAGUGGGAUACUUCAAAAGGAGAGCAAGUUUCCCAGAAUGGUUUGCCGGCUGAACAGGGAUCUCCACGGGUUAGUUACCGCUCUCAAACCUACCAAAACUACAAAAACUUUAAUAGCAGACGGACAGCCAGUGACCAGCCAUGGUCUGGACUGUGAAGUUCACUACCGUUUGUCAAGAACCACUCUUUCCAAAUCCUGUUGAUUUCACCUUUUGGCUUCCACUUCACCCACAGUGUUAAAAUUUUACUUAAUUCAUAGCCUUCCUUGGUUUCAUAUUUGUUUGCGUUUAAUUCAUGUUUAUUUGAGUCUUUUAACUGAUGGAUGCUCAGUUGCCUUAAAGCAACGUACUCAUUUUUUGUUUAUUUAUUGUGAGCUUUUUACUUUAUUAAGAUUUUACAGCAAAAGCCUUACAUGAGUAAUUGAAAUUAAAUGAGAUUACAGCAAAAUGAAGAAGAGAACUAGAAUCGGACAGGUACGGCACAUCCAGUUAUACUAACAGGGUGCAGUACUGCGCUGUACGUAGCCCCUUUAUUAACCUGCAGUAGUUCACUAGUAACUAGGAAGACUGGUGUAUGAGGAAGGAAACUUUACUAAGUACUAAGAUUAAAACCUCAAGUCAGCUGUGUAACAUUCCAUGAAGGAUGCAUUCAUUUAUUGAAAAGGAUAAGAAAAUAAAGGGAAGAUGAAUCUACUUGGGAAGCUAUUUUAGUUUUUAGGUGCAGAAUCUCAAACGUUUUGAGAUCCUCAGAUCGCUUAUUACUUUUUACAAACGAGAUCCUCCCUUAUUUUUUUCUGCCAAGUCCUGAAUUGAGAAUUCUGGGCUUACUUGCAACAGAUAAUGCCACCAGCCUCGGGAGUAAAGUGCCCGCUGACUGCUGCCGCCACCUUUGUCUUGGUCACUGCCAGCCCCGCCGACACGUGGGACGUGGCAGGUGACGGCCGUUGUCAGCGUGUGUCGGAAGCCUGCCUACCAGACUUCCAGGCCUCUCCAUUCAGUUGAUGACUUCAGGGUGUCAAACUAUUUUAAAUUUUUCAGACAAAUGGAACAAAAGCCAUUCUGGUUCACCCUGGUUACUUGAACGAUGUACUUGGUGGACCACCUUAGGAGCAUGCCUCCUGGCUUCAGAAGUAAUUUAAUGUCUCUGUAGACAGAAACUCCAUUGUAUGUCUCUGUCGUAUGUACGGAUCUCCUGAUUCAUUUUUCAUUUUCUUACGACUUUCUGGAGUUUUCUAAUAAGAGUUUUUUAGGAUGGCGUUUAUCAGACCACCAGCAGGGAUUGAAAAUGUUUUCACAGAAAUUCUAUUCCUUAGGAAUAAAAGCUAAUGAAAGAGGUGAUUUCCUGGUACUCGUAAAGACAAAACCAAAUCCACAUUACAUCAAAGCCUCGUGAGACAUUCACUUGCUCAUUUGCCAUAUUUAGAUGUUAGGGGAAUCAGAAACCUGUUUUGAUAUGUGUUCUCCAUGAGUUAAGUCUAAUUUGUCUUUUCAUUUCAUGAUGCAUGUCUUUUUUUUCUUUUGUCAGGAUAACAUCAUAUAGCAUCUUGUUUGUUUUUCCUUAUUUCUAUGUACAUAUCUAUCUACUUGUGACUGUAGAUGGGUAUAUAGAUAGAUGCCAAGCUUCUUAUUGUUCUGGGGUUAGUGUGCACCAUUAUUGGGUCUCUGCCUUAAAAUUCACCAAAAUCCAUUUUAGAAAAAAACAGUGCUUCAUCUUUGAUCUUUAGGGAGCUCUGACGUGUUUCUGGCUCCAAAUUGUAUGUGUCAUUGAUCUAUAUGUAUAUAUGUGAUGUUUCCAUAUAUAUGUUUAAAUUUUGUAUCAUCCGGACUAAUACCCAAUUUUAUGCUUUUUGUAUUCAGAAGACCAAAAAAAAAAAAAAAGGAACCACAUAAGCACAGAGGAAAGGAGUGCUGUCAUGUCUUUGGCAUUUGUUCUCAUGCCUGUUUUUACCUAGAUUUUUAAAUUGUAGCUUGCCAGAGCAAAUUUUUAAUUACAAUUGGAUUGUGUUGGAAGAAGAAAAGCCUUUUCAUUCCUUUGAGUUACGGUGCAGAGACUCAAGAUAAUGAACUUGGAAAUAGCGUUGCUUCGUGCACUUAGGAAACCAAUCAGGUGUUUCUUGUGCUACUAGUUGUCACGUUGCAUUUUUGUUCACCUCCUGAUUUAAACAUCUCAGGUGUACGCGGCCACUAAAGCACUCGGGACUAAUUGCUCAAGAGAAGCAGCAUGGGGUGGGGGCGGGGUGGACCCCCGUGUACCCACCAUCUGGUCGUAGCACUUAUGAUUUGCUUUGAUGUCUGUCUCUAGUGGUGUGUUGUCUGUUGGCAUGCUUAAGCACAUGUCCAUUAAAAUUCAUUUUGUUCCUUUUAUUUUCGUUGUUUUCUUGGUUAGCGAUUCAUUUGCAUAAACAUUAAUUAUCUCUG